AUGACGGAUUCUAAAGAUGCUGGAAUGAAUGCUGUUCAGAGACGCCUCAUGUAUGAGGACGAAUGCAUUCUUGUUGAUGAAACUGAUCGUGUUGUGGGGCAUGACAGCAAAUAUAAUUGUCAUCUGAUGGAAAAUAUCGAAGCUAAGAAUUUGCUUCACAGGGCUUUUAGUGUAUUUUUGUUCAACUCGAACUAUGAGUUGCUUCUCCAGCAAAGGUCGGACGCAAAGGUGACCUUCCCUCUCGUGUGGACAAACACAUGUUGCAGCCAUCCUCUGUACCGUGACUCAGAGCUUAUCGAGGAAAAUGCACUUGGUGUGAGGAACGCUGCGCAGAGAAAGCUUCUUGACGAGCUUGGUAUUGUAGCUGAAGAUGUACCAGUCGAUCAGUUCACUGCCUUGGGACGUAUGCUUUACAAGGCUCCUUCCGAUGGCAAAUGGGGAGAGCACGAACUUGACUACUUACUCUUCAUCGUGCGGGACGUGAAGGUUCAACCAAACCCGGACGAAGUAGCUGAUAUCAAGUAUGUGAGCCGGGAAGAGCUCAAGGAGCUGGUGAAGAAAGCAGAUGCAGGUGAGGAAGGUUUGAAACUGUCUCCAUGGUUUAGAUUGGUGGUGGACAAUUUCUUGAUGAAGUGGUGGGAUCAUGUGGAGAAAGGAACUUUGGCAGAAGCUAUAGACAUGAAGACCAUCCACAAACUCUGA